CCUACAAUGCUUGAUGAAAAAUCAAAAACAUUUUGAUUUUUAGCAUGCUUGAUGUCACUUUUUGAUAGUGUAUGGUGUUUUCUCAUCAAUCACGAAGGCAUUUACAAAAAUAUUUCAAAGCGUGAGGUCGAUAAGUGUGUCGGGUAAAGAGAAUUUUUUUUUAAGUUAUAAAAAUUAAAUGUAUAAAAAUGUCGGACGGAAAAAAGGAAACUUUAGAUCUAAUUGAAGCUUACCGAUCAUUGCCUGCACUUUGGGAUGUAAAAUCUGCAGAAUAUAGUGACCGUGAUAAAAAAGAUGAACAAUACAACAUUUUAUUGCAAACUUAUAAAAAACAAAAUCCAGAGGGAAAACUGGCAGAUUUAAAAAAGAAAAUUAAUGUGAUACGCACAAAUUUCAGACGGGAGUUGAGAAGACAAAACAGUUUAGAAAAAAGCGGAGCUGGUGCAACUGAUUGCUUUGAAACAACACUCCAUUAUUUCGGUGCUUUAAGUUUUUUACGGGACAUUGAAACUCCAAGUGAAUCCAGAUCAACAUUCAAACGUGAAGACCGACACGAUCGAAAAAAACCAAAAAUAACCCCAGCUGAUGAGCUAUUUACUUUAGCAGCAGAUCGUUUAAGGGAGCCGGAAGACGCAAAUCAGCACCUUGCGAAGGUGUGGGCUGAAAAGCUGUCAAAAAUAAAUCCAACACAAAAAAUUUUUGCAGAAAAGGUGAUAAACGACGUAUUUCUUCAUGCUCAACUUGGACUGCUCACCUUUAAUACAAAUAUAACGCAUACACGAACUUUAAGCAAUAUAAGACGCACUUCAACACCUACAUCAAGCAGUUCUUCAAUAGUUUAUGUGAAUAAUUCUUCACAAGAGUCCUGCUACAGUCCCACCCCAAGUUUUCAAACGUUUCCACUUCGACCAACAAAAAGCACAAUAGUAUGUAACGAAAGCGAGCAGACGCUUCUAGAAUAUCCCGCAAAUGAAUCACAGUAUGACUUUGAAGAAGAUUUGUCACCUGUGACUUUAACUUCAUUUUAUUCCAAUUUUAAUGAAUAUGAAAUAUAA